AUGUCGAAGAUGUUGUUGAGCCAGUUGACUGUCCUGUCUCUGCUUGCCCUGGAGGCAAGUGCUUUUUGGCGCCUGCCGUGUAGGCAGAGCCUGACGGUGGAGAGAAUCGACCCACUUACGCACUUUGGAGCGGUCUCGGAGCAUGUCCACACUAUCCAUGGUGGUAAUAAGUUUUCACAGAGUGCAACUGAGGCCCUGCUGUUGGAGAGUACUUGCACAAGUUGCCAGGUCAAACAAGAUCUGUCUGCCUACUGGACACCACAGCUCUACUUUCAGGAUGAGGCUGGCAUGUUUAACAAGGUCAACCAGACUGGUGGCAUGCUUGUAAUGAUUGCGGGUGACCCCAAGCUUCGAAGCUUUCCCUACCCAACCGUCGAGAAGUCCCUCUGGACCGCAUCCGACCGCACCGAAGCCGCCCUCCGCCAGAAAGCCGUUGGUUUCAACUGCCUCAACUACGCCGAGCCCGCCAAAGCCGCUCUCGGCCUCCGCAAGAUGCCCGAUAACAUGGCAGCCGACUGCACCGACGGCCUCCGCGCCGAAGUGUUCUUCCCAUCGUGCUGGAAUGGCGAAGAUCACGAUUCUGACAACCACCGUGACCACAUGCGCUACCCCUCGCUCAUGGACGACGGUACCUGCCCUGAAGGCUUCGAGACAAGGCUCGUCAGUCUGUUUUUUGAGACUAUCUGGAACGUUGCGGCGUUCAAUGGCCAGGCUGGCACGUUUGUGUUUUCGUCGGGUGACCCGUUGGGAUACGGGUACCACGGCGACUUUAUGAAUGCCUGGGACGUGGACAUCCUCCAGAAGGCCAUCGACAAGUGCACCUCCCUCUCUGGUGUCAUUGAAGAGUGCUAUGUCUUUGAUCUUUACACCGAGGACGAGAUGCACCAGUGCACUAUCAAGCCCUCGAUUAAUGAGGAUGUCGAAGGCCCGCUUGCGGCGAUCCCGGGAUGCAAUGCAGUUACUUAUGGCCCUGAAGACGCACCUGAUGGUGGCUGCCCAACUGAUGAGGAGAACGACUUGACCGACGACCCGACUAGCCCGCCCCCGACUGGCACUGCAACUGCAACUGCAACUUCUACCAAGUCCACAUCCAGCUCCACCGAAAGCUCGUACUCGUCGCCAACUUCGUCUGCGGUCUAUGGUGGUGCUCCAGAUUUUGAUGCUGGUGAGGAUGAUGGUGAGGGAUACUACGGCUCGCACAGCUAUGGGUACGGAUAUGAACCGAGCAAGUCUGUCGAUGCGGUUGACUCGAGUGUCACGGCUGAGUCUACGCCUGCGAAGGGUGAUAACUACGUCGACCCGAAUGUGGAGGUUGUGGUAGUCACGGUCACUACGUAUACCACUGCGUCGCCGACUACGGUUACGGUCCAUGUGCAGCCCACCAAGGCCGCAUACCGCAAGAGGCACUUUCACGGCCGUCACGCUGGGCAUGGGUUGUAA